GCCAAAUGUCAAAAUUUCGUAACGAGAUAUUUUUCAAAAAUCGUGGAUUUUUCUAAUUAAUUCGAUGAAACGUUAUCAUAUAAAUGAUUAAUUAGGUAGAUUGGGAGUGGAUUUUUAUCGGAAAAUAUUUAUUUGAAAGAAAUUUAUUCGUUGCGUGUGCCAAUGCGAAAGGUUGGAAAAAGCACUAGAAUCUGGAAAAGAAAAAUAUGAAACGUGGCAAACCACAGCAGGAAAUUUACAGACCAGGUAGUGGACCUUUAAGAAAAUCAAACACAGGAAACGAAGAGUCUGACCCCGACCUAAACCUCAAACCUAAACCUUACGCACACGAUGACAAAUACAAACCGGAAACUAUAACCGAACCGCAACGCAAACCCCGAAAACCGGAACAGAUGCUUUACGUCCCGAGGGCGGUGGCAAACGCCCGCGAGAUGUCUCAAGACAACGACAGACACACCCUUAACGGCAACUACGACGAUAAGUUCGCCCCCCGAUCGAAACGGUACUCGAAUCGGCGCCAUGGGGGCGGCGAAAGUGACCACGAGUGGAGACAGAUGAGACAAGGCUCGGAACCACGAGGCGUCCCCAAUGGGGCCCACUCGCGGAUGAGGGACACCCGGAGUGUGGAACCGUCGGGACCUCCGCCUCGCAACUACGAAAAAAGCCACACGAAACCCCCCAGUGGCCGACGACACAGCACGAUUGGACUAGAAUCGGAUAAACGGCCCCCACAUAAGUCGAUCAACGUCGAUAAACUACCCCCACGAUUCCGCAGAAAAAUGCUAGAAGACAAUAAAUUGAACCAAGGGGUUGAAGAUGACUGGAAUGGGGCGAGUUUAACGUUUCAAGGCAGUAGUAAUUAUCACCCAGUUGGGGGGUACUACCCCAACACGAACCAGAACUACUAUCAAAAUGUGGGGUACUGUACUUUGCCGAAUCGACACAGAGGUCGAGGGCGUUUACACCAAGAAGGCGAGUACAGAUCCAGAACUCCAGAUUUGGGGAUUUCGAGUCCUUGUAACUCAAGACCUCCCACGCCUCCUUACGGUAGAACCAAAAGUAAUGAUAAUUUGAAUAGGGUGGAUAGACCGGCAUCGCCGAGGAAUUACGACUAUAGAAGGAACGGCCGCGAGAGGAAUAAUAGAAGAAAUCACGGAAGAAAUAAAGACGAUAGGAGAAAUCAGAAUUACGAAGUGCAAGAAGAAAAUUGGGCUGAGGAGGAAAGAGUGAGUCAGAAAGUUGAAACAAGAGAAAAUACACCACCGAUAACGCCACCAACACCAGAAGAGAAAAUCAAAAGUACAGUUCCUAGCAGCAGCAAUACGAUUUUGGAUUGGAGUGAAGAAGUCGAAUUACAUGAUCAGCUUGAAGCUGAAGCUUUAAGCGACGCAAUGACAAGAAGUUCAUCCGUAGCAAGUUUAGUCGACAUUAGUAUCAAAUCUAUGCCUCCAAAUAUUAACAAUCCGAAAAAAUCAAAAAAACGUAGCAACCGCCGCAACAAGGGCCGCAGUGGCAGCCGCCCCCGCGACUCCAGUCUCGACAACUCCAAAUCUACUUUCCGCGCCCCUCAAGAGCCCCGCGGCCGUCGAAACCGUCGUCAUUCGCGCGAUCGUCGCGAUUCCAGCUACGACCGACGUUCACGCAACCCUAGCCGAGAAUCCAGUUUCGACCGGAACCGUCGUAGUUCGACCAACGAACCGGAAAACUGGCGUGAAGAAAUCCGUAGUCGGCAAAACUCCGAACGCGAGUUUUCUGAUCGAAGCAGACGCAAUUCUGAACGCGAAACGGAGAAAAUCAACGUGAAAAAGGCCGGAGUUUUGAUUCUUCCACCGAAACAACAGGAAAUGACGCACGUUGAUCAACCGAGAUACCCGGAAGUCCGGAAACCGUGUCAUCAGAAGAGUCUUUUCGAUCAUAAUAAUCCGAGUAAACCGAUUAUUGUUAAAUCGCAAAGUUCGAGGGUUAGUGUGCCUGGAUUUUCGGAUAAUACGGAAACGACACCGCCUCAAAUGUAUACUACUGAUCAGUUUGGGAAUAUUAGGCCGGGGUGGUAUGACGAAAGCUCGGAUGGGUUUAAAUCCUGUCAUUAUCCUAAUCUAAUCAGAGAUAUAAAACGGGCCGAUAAUGAGUUACAAUACAUCAUGAAUUCGGGUCAGAUUUUGAUAAGUUGGGGCACGGUUGAGUCCCUAAGACAAUUCCUGAAAGAAGCCCUCCAAUACCUACUUUGCAAAGACUUGAAAUUUUGUGAGGCGGAAAAUGUCGAGCAACAUUUAUGGAAAAUCCUCUAUCACAACAUUAUCGAAGUGACACGAAAAGCGAUAACAAAUGAUCCUGGAAAUAAGGAGCAAUACAAGGGAUUUUUGUUGUAUUUGAUUGACGAAGGCACGAAUUAUCUCGAGAGUUUGCUGGAUUCGUUAGAGGAGAGUUAUAAAUUCAAAUUGAGCACUUUUUUGGGUAACAAUAACAAUUCCCAGAAAGGUUUGGGUUACGUGGGACUUGCCUUGAUUUCUGCUCAAAAGUUACUCUUGUUUUUGGGCGAUUUGGGCCGAUAUCGAGAACAAGUUAACGAAACAUCGAAUUAUGGAAAAUGUCGCCAAUGGUACAUCAAAGCCCAUGAAAUUAAUCCCAAAAAUGGCAAGCCUUAUAACCAACUGGCAGUACUUGCGGUGUAUGCUAGGCGAAAAUUGGAUGCUGUUUAUUACUACAUGAGGAGUUUGAUGUCAUCGAAUCCGGUCCCUUCUGCUCGAGAAUACUUAAUUUCUUUGUUUGAUGAAAACAGAAAAAAGUAUCUUCACCAAAUAAGCUACGAACAGGGCGAACGCAAACGUCGCGAGGAACGUCUCGAACGUGCCAAACAACACAUGAAACAGAAAGAAUCCGAAGACCCGGAAAACGCACCCGGAUCGCUCCGCCACGAGACCUGGAUUCGUCCGGAUGGCGGACGUCGAGUCCAUCGGACAACGCAAACCGUUCAAGAACAACAAGAUUCAGAAGAAGAAGAUCUGGCGGCGUUGUCGAGCGUCGAAGUGAACAAGAGAUUCGUCAUCAGUUAUCUACACGUCCAUGGAAAACUAAUCACGCGAAUUGGAAUGGAGAGUUUCCAGGAGGCCGCCAUGCAGAUGCUGAAGGAGUUUCGGGCGUUGUUGCAACACUCUCCCGUUCCAUUGCCCUGCAACAGAUUCCUGCAAUUACUCGCACUCAAUAUGUUCGCCAUCGAAAGCACCCAAUUGAAAGAUCCACAGCUGCAGAUGCAGGCGGGUUAUCGUUCCGAAUUACAGGAACGUGCCCUUGUCGUAUCUCUUCAAAUGUUCAAUUUGAUACUAGAGCGUUGCGUUUCACUUCUGGAGGAGAGCAAUCCAGAAAACCUCAAUUCUCUACAUCAGGACGUGCAUGUUCUACUACCGGCCGUCAAAAUUUGGUGCGAUUGGAUGCUUUGUCAUUCGGCGGUUUGGAAUCCGCCGCCGUCGACUCAGGAUUUUCGAGUCGGGAAUUCGGGUGAUACAUGGUCCCGUCUUGCAACACUGAUGAACAUCUUGGAGAAGUUAGAUCAGACAUCAGUCAGCGCUCUCAUCUCGGAUUAUCAGGAAGGUUACGAACAAGUCAAGCUGCCAGAGGACAUCGUCUUGAAUGGUUUUACGCCGUUGAUGGUGAACGAGCCCGACAUCAGCUACGCGCCCAAAGAUUUGGACGUCGAGGUGGCACAGUUCGCCUUGAGGAUGAACAAAUUGCUAUUUUUCGGAACGGUUUUUUUGUGCGGUUUGGAACCGCCUGUUUUGAAACUGGAAAUCGAAGACGAUUUUAGGGAAUACGUCUCGGUGGUUUGCACUUCGAACAGUAGAGAAUCGCCGGUGACGGCGCAGGGUUUGGUUCGCAACAACGACGUUUUGAUGGAGAGUUUCAGCGAUGAAGAGGAGGACGAGAUUUUGAACGGUCCUGGCGAUGAGGCACCGUCUGAAGUUCGGGAAUUGUUAAACCGCAAAGUGGAACUUGAGAGGACCCACAGGCGACAAGAAUUACACAAACAACGUGUAAAGAAAAUCUUAAGUCAGGCCGUCGUCAGCGUCCAUAUCGAAGUGCGUCCCAAGUACCUCGUCCCCGACACCAACUGUUUCAUCGACCACCUGGACCCCAUCACUACCAUAACGUCAUCACACGUUUACACCCUUAUGGUGCCCAUCGUCGUGUUGAGCGAACUGGAGGGUUUAAGUAGGGGCGGAAAAUCACCGAUACCGUCAACACGUAGCAUGCUAGAUCCGCAACAUGUGAGAAAAGUCGCACAAGCAGCGAAAAGAGCAUUGAGUUUUCUCAAGAGUCGACCGCAAGCUGUGAAAUGCGUUACGACGAAAGGAGCGGUUUUGUCGUCGACGACUUUUACGACUGAGGAUGAUUCCAUGUUGGAUGCGACGUUUAAGAACGACGAUAAGAUUUUAGCCACGUGUCUGGUUUUAAGCAAGGGACACAGGGAACAGCAACAAAGUGCUGAAAACGAACCUAAGAAAUUAGUAAGCGAAGUCGUACUUUUGACGGACGACCGAAAUUUGCGCGUGAAAGCAUUAGCAAGAGACGUGCCCGUGAGGGAGCUCUUAGAUUUCAUGCAGUGGGCUGGAUUAGGAUGAACCUCGAAGAAUCUUAAGCGCUAAUAUGAGCUGUUUCUAGAAACAAGGGCGAGAUCUCGAGAUAACGAUUUAUGACCUACGUAUUUCUCACCUAGACAAGAGUUUUCUGUACUUGUUUAAGUUAAAUUAAUCGUUGUAGUUUAUUUAAUUUAGCAUGGGGUUUGAUAUCACCCUCUUAACUGUUUUACACGUUUUUUCAAUCGGGUUGUGAGAUGUGCAUUCCUCGUGUUUCCCGAUUAGAUCACGCAUACACCGUCACAAAAUUAGCGCAUCGUGCCAUUGUUUUUUCUAAUUAUAUUUGUGUAUGAUUUUUUUUAUAUACAUAUUUAUCCCUCUCAGACUUUGAGUUUUAUUUUUCUCUAGCACUUAGUGAGAUAUUGUAUGUACUUAUUUUAAUUUUUUUUAUAUAUCGUGUUAUAUAAAUUUUGUCUUAAUCCUUAAUUAAUUAAAAGAUUUUAACUUAAAUGCUGUAUUUAGGGUUUAUACGAGUAAAUUAUAUGAACUGUUGUUAAUUAUUGCAAUUGUUUUGCUCAGGAAUUUAUUGUACAUAAAUAAAUAAUAUGAUUACGUA